UGAAAUAGGACUUGUUGGUAUAAUGGAGGACCAGGUGGAAACCAAUAUCGAACCCGUUGAUCUUGGAGAGUCUAACAGGGAGCACUCCCCAAACGUUAAGCUACUGUUCGAUAAUUGCAAAGAUGGGAUACACAUGAUAAAGGAUUACGCGUUGUUAGGGACACUUGGAGUGGGUUCCUUUGGCAAGGUUAAACUUGCCAUCCACUGUGAAACCGGCCAGAAGGUAGCAAUCAAGAUCAUCCACAAGGACCAUAACAUGUCAACGGCGUGUUUAAGUCGAUUAGGACGAGAAAUUCGUGCAAUGUCGAAUUUGCGGCACCCAAAUGUAAUUUAUGUCUACGAAGUUAUUGAUACGCCUUCGACGCUGUUCAUUGUUAUGGAAUAUGUCGAUGGACGUGAGCUUUUCGACUACAUAUCGCAACAUGUGAGGAUGACGGAGACCCAAGUAAUCCAUUUGAUGCGGCAGCUACUGGCAGCAGUAGACUUCUGCCACAGCAAGAUGGUAUGCCACCGUGAUAUUAAGCCAGAGAAUAUCAUAUUGGAUAAAGAUAUGAAUUUAAAAUUAGGUGAUUUUGGACUGUCGAAUUUCCUGAGGGAGGGUGAAUGCCUACGUACACCAUGCGGGUCCCCAAACUAUGCGUCGCCAGAGGUUAUUUGCGGUAAAAGCUAUUCCGGUCCGGAAAUUGACAUUUGGUCCUGCGGAAUUGUUUUGUACGUCCUCUUGUGUGAAUGCCUCCCGUUUGAUAACGACGAAAUGUCUGUUUUGUUCCUAACCAUCAAGCAAGGGAAGUUCCACUUACCAAGCCAUUUAUCCAAAGAUGCAAGGUGGCUCUUGCAGCGCAUGUUAGAUGUAAAUCCAGCCUCCAGGAUUACCAUGCGCGAGUUGCUGUCACACCCUUGGUUCAUUGGGUGUAACUACGAUCAUGUCAGCCUAAACACUGAAGCGUAUAUCAAUGGCUUCAGCGAUCCACAACUUGUUUUCCCAGGUGUUCUGGGUACUUCCCGAGGUGGCUUUGGAGUAGUACCAAUGGAGAAACCGCAUGACAAGGAUACGGAUACAGCUAAAUUGGUGUCGUUGCGGUGCAACUCAUUCAUACCAAGGUGGUCUAUUGGGAUCCCCGGGUUCACUUCCGAACUGCAAUGUAUAAAAUUGGUAACCACCACGUUGCAGGAUAUGGGCUACAAGUGGCUCUUUGUACCCUGCUUUAGGAUAUACUGCAGAAGGGAUAUUGAGCCCUCAAAAGGAAUCCCACCCACAUACUUAAUGCAGAUUUAUAAAAUGAAGUACAGAUUCCAUAUACUCGACAUACACAUAGGCUCCGGAGCCCUGAUGCCGGCAUUUGACGAGGGCAUCCGCAUUAGAGAAGCGAUUAAGCAUAACUUACAAUUGGCAACACUGUGAUCACGU